GUCAUACAGCAAGCUUCAUAUAUCAUGAGGCGCAUGCGGAGCCCGGCCGAGCUCAACAAAUAAUGAGAAUGACAUAGUAAAAACAGGACCAGUAAAUGUCGAUAAGGAUUUGAAUAGACAGCAAGGAUGUCUCCACGAAUCGAUGAUGUUAUGAAGCUGUGUUGUGAGUUGUCCACCAAUCAGCAAGUUAGGACCACAGUAAAAGGUUCUGGGAAAGGAGCAGCAGCAGCUGGGGCGCUGGCCUUUGCUGGAGGAUUGGUUGGAGGUCCUCUUGGCAUAGCUGUAGGAGGGGCUGCUGGAGGCCUUCUGGGCUGCUGGCUGACCAGUGGUCAAUUCAAACCACUUCCACAGAUCAUAAUGGAGCUCAGCCCUCAGGAAAAGCAGAAGCUUUAUGAGGAUCUCAUGGAAAUCCUGGGAGACAUUGAGUGGACUGAUUUGGCUCAGCUGAUUGCUCUAGUCAUGGGCAAUGCAACUCUGAAGCAGCAGCUUACGGCUGCUCUUCUUGGAUACAUCACCAAGGAGCUCCAGGCAGAGGUGCACUAUGUUGAUUAGUCGCUUUCAAUAUUGUGACACAGAAGCCUAAAUGCAGAGGAGGAUGUUCUCUGAUGAGUGUGAACUACUUUUUGACACUUAAAAGACUCCUAAUUAAAUUCUGUAUGAUAUAAAUGUUACAUAUGUUGAUGAAAACAGCUGUAUGGCUGGGUAAUUUAUUUUGAUAAGUGCAAUUAUUACUUAUUUAUUGUACCAUUUAUUCUGUUUUUAACUGCACCGAUCAUCAAGUCUGGCUUUAAGUCAUAGUGAAUUUUAGGUUUGAUGGAGUUGUGAUGUUGUCCAGUCUACUAUCUUAUUUACAUAAGAAGGAUUGUGAACUAAGCCAAAAUUCUGCUGUGUAAUAUAAAGAUUUGAUAUAAUUACAUCAAUUACCAGCCUUUUUACAUUUUAGCAGAUUUGCCAGCAACUGUAUACAGCAUAUUGUACACUUUGAAUAAAAAAUAAAACCAGUGUGGACUUGGCAUUUGGCA